CAAUUUUCUCCCCCACACCAAAAGAUAAACCUCUCUCUCUCUAUCUAUCUUAUGUCAAAAGACAGAUUUAUUAACAAACACAAAUCAUAAAUCUUUUUCUUCUUCCGAGAAAGAAUGUCUAAAUCAUCGUAUAAUCACAUCUUCAUCUUGAUCUUGUGUUUAUGUUUGAGAUCAUCAUCAGCCUUCACGAAUCUCAACACCUUAAGCUUUGAAGAAUCACUUUCUCCUCUCUUUGGAGAUGCCAAUCUCGUCCGUUCACCUGAUGAUCUCUCCGUUCGUCUUCUCCUCGAUCGCUAUACCGGUUCUGGUUUCAUAUCAUCGAAUAUGUAUCAACAUGGAUUUUACAGCUCCAUGAUUAAGCUUCCCGCUGAUUAUACUGCCGGCGUCGUCGUCGCCUUUUAUACAUCAAACGGAGACGUGUUCGAGAAAACACACGACGAGUUAGACAUAGAGUUUCUAGGGAACAUAAAAGGAAAGCCGUGGAGGUUUCAGACAAAUCUAUACGGAAAUGGAAGUACACAUAGAGGUCGUGAAGAGAGAUAUCGUCUCUGGUUUGAUCCUUCUAAGGAGUUUCAUCGUUAUAGCAUUCUCUGGACUCCUCACAAGAUCAUAUUUUGGGUAGAUGAUGUGCCAAUAAGAGAAGUGAUCAGAAACGAUGCAAUGGGAGCAGAUUAUCCGGCAAAGCCAAUGGCUCUUUACGCCACCAUUUGGGACGCUUCUGAUUGGGCUACUUCCGGCGGCAAAUACAAAGCUAAUUACAAAUUUGCCCCUUUCGUAGCUGAAUUCAAAUCUUUCUCUCUAGACGGUUGCUCCGUUGAUCCUAUUCAAGAAGUCCCCAUGGAUUGUUCCGACUCAGUCGAUUUCCUUGAGUCUCAAGAUUACUCUUCCAUUAAUUCCCAUCAACGCGCCGCCAUGCGAAGAUUUCGACAACGUUUCAUGUACUAUUCUUACUGUUACGAUACACUUAGGUAUCCUGAGCCUCUACCGGAAUGUGUGAUUGUUCCGGCUGAGAAAGAUAGGUUUAAGGAAACGGGAAGGUUGAAGUUUGGUGGUACGGAGGCGCGUGAACGGCGGAGAAAUCGCCGGCAGCAACGUCGGCCUGAGAUUGAGAUUGAGAGUGAUCCUGACGACAGAAAACUUUUAUAAGAUUUGUUUGUGCCAUUCUUUUUACUUAAAAUUCGUUUGUGAGUAUAAUAAAAUAAAGAGUAAAGAUUUGAAAAAGAAAGAAAGAAAUAGAGGAUAAAUUUGAUAGGCCUUUGGGCUUUCAUGAAUUGUGAAUGAUUUAAGCUCAUUCAUUACCUGUAAGUCUAUAACACAAUUAGGACAUGAACAUGGUAAACAAAAAAAGAAAACAUCAUGCUAAUAAUAAGUCAAUAGAGAAUUAGAGAUAUACAACCACG